AUGGAUUCUCUUUCUACUCCUCAACACCAGCUGUCUGCUUUAUUUGGUCUGUUCCUUGUAUGGAAGAGUCUCAUUCUCCUCAUCGUGUUUUCAAGCCUUGCUGUUGGCUAUGACACCUCUGCAAGUCUGUUGAUGAAGGCUACCAACAACGGAAUCCUUACUGAAACCCCCAACAACUUUCAAAGUCAGUGGCUGAAAUUUGUCAGGUGGGAUGCCAUAUAUUCCACACACAUGGCUGGACAUGGACUUGUUUUCGAACAGGAAUGGGCCUGGGGCAUUGGCUUGUCGACCUCGCUAUCAUUCCUUGCAAAGCGUCUUGCUGUUCUCACUGGAACGAACGACGCAGUGACCUUGGUCAUUGCCGGUGUCCUUCUAUCACAUACUACACACUGGCUCUCGACUGUUCAGCUGUGGUUCCUCGCGAGACGGCUCGUUGAUGUAAGCAAGAGUCCUAAAUCUCAGGUCCCUUUCUGUGCGGCCGCCUUUUACAUCAUCUCUCCAGCCGGAGUGUUUCUUUCGGCGCCAUACUCGGAAAGUCUGUUCGCAUUUCUCUCAAUUUCCGGGUUCCUGGGCUACGUCUACGCCGUGCACUAUUUCAACCAUGCUAGAGUGUUUGCAGGGUCCGUUCUAAUGGUUGCCGCUGGAGUACCAUUUGGCUUGGCAACCUUUGUCCGGGGAAAUGGCAUCCUAGCUGGCGUAACCUAUUUACUGGAAGCAGCAGCCACAGUGUUUGCGCUCUUGACUCAAGAGUUUACUAUCUGGCGAUUGAUUCGACUAUCAUCAGUGGCGGCUGGAGGCUUGCUGGUAGCGGUGGGAACUCUGAUACCACAAUACCUAGCAUACACGGAGUAUUGUUUAGGCAGAGAUCCUGAAGUUCGGCGGCCUUGGUGCAACAACACCAUGCCGUCCAUUUUCACCUUCGUUCAGUCGCACUACUGGAACGUCGGACCGUUCCGAUACUGGACACUAUCAAACCUCCCUUUGUUCUUGCUGGCCGCUCCCUCCUUGUGGCUUCUCGCUGUCUCUUCUACUGAGUUCAUGCGAAACCCUCGCAUAUUCUCGUCCAGCCCUGCAAAAGCUACUUCGAGAACAGUGUGUCGUCGAGACAGGGUCACUGCUUGGAGUCUCGCUCUCCCACAGCUGAUACUGGCAAUCUUGGCGUUGACCAGCUAUCAUGUUCAAAUUAUCACGAGGCUCGCCUCGGGGUACCCAUUGUGGUAUAUUUGGCUGUCCCAUCAAAUUGUGGGAGGGUGGAGUCGCACCUCAGUCAUCAUUAGGUAUAUGGUGAUGUAUGGGCUGAUCCAGGCUGGUUUAUAUGCAUCAUUUCUCCCUCCGGCUUGA